AUGAAAAGCAGAGUUAAGAAGAAGACGGAUAUUAAUAGAACUGGAAAUAAAAAAAUAUUUUUGCAGGCCUGGGAAAACGUUAUUCUUGCACUGAUGGAUGGAGACUCAAACCCUGUUAUUAAUAGAAUUGAAGGUGCAACAUCAGUAGGUGUGUUACCAAAUGAUGCGGAUGUUAGCAAACGUAAAGAAAUCGAUGUUGAUGUUGCUGUUGCAGGAUAUAGCCAAGAAGUUCAGUUUGAUGUACCUAAAAAAAUUAAAAUUUUCCAUAAAAGUGAAACUCUAAAUGCCCUAAGUAAUUAUGAAACCGAUCUGACUAGAAAACUGUCCACUCAACAACUACAAUGA